AUGAAAUCAAUCUUACUUUACACUUUCUAUCGUCCUCCAAAUUCUUCGUUGGAUUCCAUACAACAACUAAAUUCAUCACUUGACGACAAUCCUGAGUCCGCCUGCGUUCUUCUUACUGGGGAUUUCAACCUUGCGAUCGACUGGUCUCUGGAUCAUCCAAGUCCAACCAGCGCCGGAGGUCAUCUGGAAGACAAGUUCUGUGAGUUAGUUGGUGAUUAUUACCUUGAACAAUUAAUAUCCGGUUCUACCCAUCGUGAUGGUAAUAAACUUGAUCUACUGCUCUGCAACUACCCUGAACUUAUUAGGAAUGUAAUUACAACUUCUCCUGAACAAUACGGUUAUCCAACUGAUCAUUAUAUCUUAGAGUUCGCAAUUCAGCAGAAUUUUUCUCGGUCUCAACCAAUUAAACGGACAAUCUUUGAUUACGAGCGUGGAAAUUUCGAACAGCUACGGAAUGCUUUGAAUAAUACGACUUUCGAAGAUAUGCCAUCAGAAAAUAUUGACCAUCAUUGGAAUUGUUGGAAAGAAUGGUUUCUCACGCAUGUGAAAAAUUCUAUUCCUAUGAAAGUUGUGACAGACACAAACUCGCCACCCUGGAUCGACGGAGAGGUAAGACAUUUGUUGCGGAAGAAGUAUGCUGCGUUAAAAAGAUUUCGACAGUCACGAACAAAUGCUGGAAAACAAAAACUGCGAACUCUAUCUCAAUCUGUCAAAUACCUAGUCAGACAAAAACAUCGUGAUCAUCUUGAAAAAGUUAAAGAUUCCUUUGCUGAAAAUCCAAAGCUGUUUUGGAGAUACCACAAGUCAGUGCGUCGUCAUCGGGUGAGCAAUCGACCUGAAAUAGUUUUUAACGGCGAAACGUCAAAGACCGCAGCCCAUAAAGCAGAACUUUUCAAUACGUACUUCUCCUCUGUGUUUACAUCUCCUCGAUCAAGUACCAACCUAGAGGCUGUCACCCGUUCACCUCCAUUAAGAACUGAACUGCAACUUUCGGACAUAGUAAUCAGUGUAGACGAAGUUACCGAUUGUUUGAAAAGUUUGGAUACGUCGAAGGCAAGCGGUCCCGAUGGUAUACCAUCCCGGCUUCUAAAGGAAUGCGCUGGACAAAUAGCGCCAAGUCUAUGCGAUAUCUUCAACCACUCACUGCAAUCUGGUCGACUCCCUUCAGAGUGGUAAUCGGCAAACGUUACUCCGAUACACAAGAAACAACAAAAAGAACUCGCAGAAAAUUAUCGUCCUAUUUCCCUGCUCCCCAUUGUGAGCAAAGUUUUAGAACGGUGCCUUUACACUAACUUUUAUUAUCAUAUUUUACAUCUCAUCACUCCAUAUCAACACGGAUUUCUAAGAAAUCGCUCCUGCGUAACACAACUUCUAUCAGUAUUCCACACCAUUGGAAAAAAUCUGGACAAGAACACACAGACUGAUAUUGUUUACUAUUUGAUUCUGUUGACCAUUCUAUUCUUCUUCCGAAACUCAAAUGUUAUGGAGUGACUGGAAACCUUCUAGGUUGGUUUGCUGAUUACCUUAACAAUCGUCGUCAGAGAGUCGUUGUAGACUGUGUCGCAUCACGUUGGGCCCCCGUUAUAUCUGGAGUGCCGCAAGGGAGUAUCCUGGGACCUGUGCUCUUUGUAAUCUUUAUCAACGAUAUUCCUGAAGUGACUGAUGGAACAUCUCCAGCGCUGUUUGCAGACGACACGAAGGUUUACAAGGACGUAAGAUCGGUAACGGACUGUGAAAAGCUUCAGCAGACCUUAGACAUUUGGACUCAAGACAACAACAUAAUAUUUAACGCUUCUAAAUGUAAGGUACUGUCGGUGACACGUAAGAAAGAUCCAAUUACCUAUCCCUACCACCUCGGUCGAAAUUAUUUGUGGAGAGUUGAAAACGAGAAAGAUCUUGGAGUAACCCUCUCCUACAAACUUCACUGGGAGACUCACGUUAAUGAGAUCGUGUAG